AUGGGCUCUUUCCUGAGGAAACAGCCCAGCUACCUCUUCAUUUUGAUAAUUCUGCACCUUGUUGCUCAUGAGGCAAGGACGCUGAGUUCAGAUGGCGAAGCACUUCUUGCCUUCAAGAAGGCAGUUACAAAUUCAGAUGGAGUCUUUCUAAAUUGGCGUGAGCAAGAUGCAGACCCCUGCAAUUGGAAGGGUGUUAGAUGUGAUAGUCAUAGCAAGAGAGUGAUUAAUCUGAUUCUUGCAUACCACAGAUUAGUUGGGCCCAUACCACCAGAAAUUGGAAGGUUAAAUCAGUUGCAAACCUUGUCACUGCAGGGGAACAGUUUGUAUGGUUCACUCCCUCCUGAACUAGGGAAUUGUACCAAGUUGCAACAAUUGUAUCUACAAGGAAAUUAUUUAAGUGGGUACAUCCCUUCAGAAUUUGGUGAUCUGGUGGAACUCGAGGCAUUGGACUUAUCCAGUAAUACAUUGAGCGGAUCUAUUCCACAUUCUCUUGAUAAGUUGUCCAAACUUACAUCGUUCAAUGUUUCCAUGAACUUCCUGACAGGAGCAAUACCAUCUUCUGGUUCACUUAUCAAUUUCAAUGAAACAUCCUUUGUUGGGAAUCUUGGUUUAUGUGGGAAGCAGAUAAACUCGGUGUGCAAAGAUGCACUUCAAUCACCAUCAAAUGGUCUGCAGUCACCUUCCCCAGAUGACAUGAUUAAUAAAAGGAAUGGGAAUUCUACCAGACUUGUUAUAAGUGCAGUGGCAACAGUGGGAGCUCUCCUAUUGGUGGCUUUAAUGUGUUUCUGGGGUUGCUUUCUUUACAAAAAUUUUGGAAAGAAAGAUAUGCGUGGUUUCAGAGUGGAGCUCUGUGGAGGCUCUUCUGUCGUGAUGUUCCAUGGGGACCUCCCUUACUCCUCGAAAGACAUCCUCAAGAAGCUAGAGACUAUGGAUGAAGAAAAUAUCAUUGGAGCAGGAGGCUUCGGAACUGUUUAUAAACUUGCAAUGGAUGAUGGCAAUGUCUUUGCCUUGAAAAGAAUAGUGAAAACAAAUGAAGGGCUAGAUCGGUUCUUUGAUAGAGAACUUGAGAUAUUGGGAAGUGUUAAACAUCGCUAUUUGGUCAAUCUUCGUUGUUAUUGCAACUCUCCUUCAUCAAAACUUUUGAUAUAUGAUUAUCUUCCAGGUGGAAGCCUGGAUGAAGUGCUUCAUGAAAAAUCUGAACAGUUGGAUUGGGAUGCACGUAUUAACAUUAUACUUGGAGCUGCAAAAGGCUUGUCUUAUUUGCAUCAUGACUGUUCGCCUCGAAUAAUACAUCGUGAUAUUAAGUCAAGCAACAUCUUGCUUGAUGGCAAUUUCGAGGCCCGUGUAUCAGACUUUGGACUUGCAAAGCUUUUAGAGGAUGAAGAAUCACAUAUUACUACAAUAGUUGCAGGAACAUUUGGUUAUCUUGCACCAGAGUACAUGCAAUUUGGCAGAGCCACCGAGAAGACUGAUGUCUACAGUUUUGGGGUUUUGGUACUUGAAAUACUUAGUGGAAAGCGGCCUACCGAUGCAUCCUUCAUUGAGAAGGGAUUAAACAUUGUUGGAUGGUUAAAUUUUCUGGCUGGUGAGAACCGGGAGAGGGAAAUUGUCGAUCUGAACUGUGAAGGAGUGCAGACUGAGACCUUAGAUGCUCUGCUUUCUCUUGCCAAGCAAUGUGUUAGCUCUUUGCCAGAGGAGCGGCCGACAAUGCACAGGGUGGUACAGAUGCUGGAGUCGGAUGUGAUUACACCGUGCCCUAGCGACUUCUACGAUUCAGAGUAG